CAAUACCAAGGUUCUAUUCCCCACAUGGGUACAAUGUGUGAAGUUCAUUUCUGGUGUCCUCCGACGUGAUAUUGCAGGAAUAGUGCUAAAAGCGGCGUAAAACUAUACUCACUCACUCGCUGUUGAGGCAGAGCCCAUAUUAGGUACAUAUGUAUAUCGUCUCUGGUUGAACGAAGGACAGGAUGUUUUCUUAAAAUAGCAACACAAUCCCACCAGCGCUCGUCAUAACGUGCAGCAAGCAAAGCCGGGAGGUCGUACACAGGCAGCAAUCGAAUUGAACACCAUAACAUCCACAAGUUAACAAUGGAAGUACAAAGCCAACCACAGAAUCCUGGCUCUGUUUCUGAAACAUGUGUAGUCAGUGACUGUGAGAGAGAAUUGCUGGAAAUUACUGACACUCAGGAAACAGGUGAUCUCAAGGAACACAAAGAUUGUGGUGGUCCAGAAGAUCAAUCAACGUGUAGUGCAUGCGGGAAAACAUUUAUUAAAUCAGAAGACAUGAAAAGGCACAUGGCGAUUCACUGUGGAAUCAAGCCUCAUCAGUGCACUGUUUGUAAGAAAACAUUAUCAGGUCAUCUGCAGAAACAUAUGCUGAUUCACACUGGAGUCAAACCUUAUCAGUGUGUAGAAUGUGGGAAAGGGUUCACACAAUCAGGUAGCCUGCAGAAACACAUGAUGAUUCAUAGUGGAAUCAAGUCUCAUCAGUGCAUCGUGUGUGAGAAAACAUUUACAUUAGCAGGUCAUCUGCAGAAACAUAUGCUGAUUCACACUGGAAUCAAACCUUAUCAGUGUGUAGAAUGUGGUAAAAGGUUUAGAGGUUCAGGACAUCUGCAGGCACACAUGAGGAUUCACAGUGGAAUUAAGCCUUAUCCGUGCAUUGUGUGUGAGAAAACAUUUACACAAUCGGGUCAGCUGCAGACACACAUGAGCAUUCACACUGCAAUCAAAACUUAUCAGUGUGUUGAAUGUGGGAAGGAAUUUACACGAUCAAAUUACCUGCAGAUACACAUGAGGAUUCACAGUGGAGUCAAGCCUAAUCAGUGUAAUAUAUGUGAGAAAACAUUUACACGAUUAAGUACUCUGAAGAAUCACAUGCCGAUUCACACUGGAAUGAGACCUCAUCAGUGUGUUGAAUGCGGGAAAGCAUUUGCACAAUCAGGUAACCUGAAGACACACAUGAUGAUUCACAGUGGAAUCAAGCCUUAUCAGUGUUUUGAAUGUGGUAAAGAAUUUUCAAGGUCAGGUCUCCUGCAGAGACACAUGUCGGUUCACACUGGAAUCAAGCCAAAUCAGUGUCCUGAAUGUGGGAAAUGGUUUACACAACCAUUUAGCUUGAAGAAACACAUGAGGAUUCACAGCGGAAUCAAGCCUUACCAAUGCAUUGUGUGUGAGAAAACAUUUACACUCUUAGGUGACCUGCAGAAACACAUGAGGAUGCACAUUGGAAUCAAGCCUUAUCAGUGUGUUGUCUGUGGUAAACGGUUUUCAGAGUCAAGUAGCCUGCAGAAUCACAUAAGGAUGCACUGUGGAAUCAAGACUCAUCAAUGCAUUGUGUGUGAGAAAACAUUUUCAGCAUCAGGAGGCCUGCAGAAACACAUGAGGAUGCACUGUGGAGUCAAGCCUUAUCAGUGUGUUGUGUGUGAUAAGUGGUUCACACACUCAAGUAGCCUGCAGAAACACAUGACCAUUCAUAGUGCUAGCAAGCCGUAUCAGUGUGAUGUGUGUGGUAAAGCGUUUACAUACUCAAAUAGCCUGAAGCGACACCUGACCAUUCAUAGUGGAAGCAAGCCUUAGCAGUUUGUUCGAUGUGGGAAAAUAUUUUGACACUCAGGUACUCUGCAUACACAAGUGAUGAUUCACAAUGGAAUCAAACCUUUACGAGUGCAUUGUUUGUGAGAAAGGAUUGACACACUCAGGUAAUCUGCAGAAACACAAGGAUUCGCCGUGGAAUCAAUCUUAUCAGUGUGUUGAAUGUAGCGAGGGAUGUAACAUCACACGUUUCAUAGUUCAGGAAUAAAGGUUUACAAAGUUCA